CUUGCCGCCUGGAGGCUGCGCGGGCAUCACCCGCAGGCCGGGAGCCCACUCCGGGGGACGCCGCGCGCCUCCCCGCGGCUUGGGCGCACGUGCCUGGGCUAAGGCCAGGGCUAGUGGCCGCGCCGUAGUAGCUGGGGAGGGUGGGAGAGCUGGCUCCGGGCCCCGGCCGCCACCCGCCCGCCGGCUCCGGUGGUUGGGCGGAGGAAGCGCGGGACUCCUCCUCCCCACCGUAUUAACAUGCACCUAGGGGCGGGUGACCAGCGCAGCCUCGCCGCCCUAGCCCGCCGCUUCCCGGCGCUCAGCCUCUGCGCCAGAGGCGAGCGCUGCGCUCCGGGCGCCGCAAUCCUGAGGACACGGCCUCUUCGACACCUCCAGCCCCGGGGAAUCGGCAGUAUCAGCGGCGGGAGCGGCCGCAGCCGCCUCGGCUCCUCUCUGGAGUCCUUCCCAUCACCUCGCUGAGAGCCUGUCCCAGCCACGGGGACAUCUCUUUCGUCCUUCCUCGUCGGCUUGUGGGACCGACGGACGAAAGCGGGGACCGAGGGCCGGACCGCAGGCAGCGACAAGCACCUGGUGGACGGUGUUUCCGAGCACCUUCUGAAAUUACUACUCGCACCUUUCCUGGGACACUUUUUAAAAGGACCAGCAAGCCUCCAGUUGACGUGGCUAGAAUCCCAGAUUCAUGGAGCUGUUGCAGAGCACAUCUCAGUGGUCUCCCUAAGUCUGGAACAGCUGAGCAUCACACACCAGAGGGACAUCGGACUUAAAAAAAACAAAAACAAAAACUGCAGCGUUUGGAUCUUUUCCUGCCUUAAAAGCAAGAAAAAUGGAAAAUUGAUAAUCAAAGGCUGGCAAGGGAAGGAAGUGAGACCCUAAGGGGCUAAUGGAACCAGAAAAGAGCAAGGACUUGAGGAAUGAGAGAACAGAAGACAUUAUCAGGAGAGCUAUGGCUGGGCAGAAGAAGUGGGAGUAAGGAAAUGAAUGUGGGAACUCAAGUGAUAGGAAGUCAAAGGUGAGAUGCUAGGAAUUCUUCAUUUUUUUCAGUGCCUGGUGCACUGCAUGUAAACAAUACUCGAUAAAUAAAUAUUGAAUUAAAUUCAUAUGUUUUGAUUUGAUUUGACUUCAUGCCCAGUACAUUUAAAGAAUGUAUCGACUGCUGUCUUACAGACUAACACACUUAUCUGCCAAAGCUAAGGAUUAAUCCAGGGACAAUGAAUGUUGUUAAGGUUUCUUCCAUACGAUAGCAAAAGUGUUUUCAGAAAGUUUAGUGGAGAAAUAUUUGUUUGCAUAAAAUCAAAGACUGGCUAUAGAAACCUAGAGGGGAAUAAAAGACAGGUUCCAAAAUGAAAAAAAAAAACAAAAAACAAAAAAAAAGUGUCUGAUUGUUAGAUAUGUGAAGACAAGAAGAAGGCACUGAAAAAUUAUGUGAUGAUGAAAGUAAAAGAAAAAAGUAGUGUUUGAGGAACUGCAAAUCUAAUUCCCAUCCACAGCAGCUGCUGCACAGGCCAGGGGCCAGUCUACUCACCAGAAGACUCUGCAGGGUGCUGAAAAUGGCUAGCCACAGAGACAGCCCUUCUCCUCACCCCCUGUGUUAUCUGACCUCUUCCUCCCACAUGCGCCUGAUGACAGCCUUGAAGAGUGAAUAUAAAACCUGAAUGAGUGCGCGUAGUUUGUUGGAGCCAAUAAAUACUUAAACUGCUAAAAGCCACAGAAAGACGCUUUGGCCCAUUCUGAUGGGGCAACUUCCAAGACUCUCACUUGGCCUCUCUGGGACACAGAGCAUUUAAGCAGUGACUCUAAUAUGCUUGUAGCUGCCCAGGACAGGAGGGUAAACUGUACUUCAGUGAGUAAGCUAUCGUGGACCUCCUAUGGUUCCACCAUAGAUGGUACAGCCUCAGCCACUGUGGGCAGGGAGCUGGGUGUGACCAGACCUAGGAGGCUGGUGGGCUGUUUCUCUGUUUCUUUCCCAGGGCUCUGUGGAGUCUGGAUCUGCUUCUCUCUGCAUGUUUUCUCCUCUCACUCUCCUUUUCUCCUUGCAUGCUUUCUCUGCAGAGCCUUUGUUUCUGCUGUCCCACAGUCUGAAAUGGCACAUGACUCUGGCUUCCAGUGGUGCCAACACUGGCCCUUCCUAUUCUUGACCUUGCAGAGAAGCUCACCAGGUUUCAGCAGCUCCGGGAACAUUACCAUUCAAAUUUCCAGGAGCCAGCAUCUGUUUCACUCAGCUUAGCCUCUGCAUGGAUGCCCUUGAGCUGGGCCUUCAAACCCAGUUCAGUCAGCACAGAGGAUGUAAUGACUGCCUCAACUGAUUCAGGACAUUGUCAGAAGAUGCUAUCUAUGGUCAGGGGAAAAAAUUCCCCAAAGUAAUGGUCAGCUGAACAGCUGCCACAUAGAAGGCCACUAUAGGUGCUUUCCGGGCCUUAGCACUUGGUGAAGUAGAUUUGUACAGCAAACUUGGUAAGAAAAGCAACAGCAUAUCAAAGAAAGGAAUUUAUAAGAGAAAAUUUUUGAUUUAGGUAAAAAAAGAGAGAGAGAAUGAGAGAGAGAGAGAUAGUCAUGCUGGCUGUAAAGCAAGUGGUCUAGAAUGCUCCAGAACAGGUUCACAGGACUUUUCAGCUAGUUAUGAGAGAAGCAGAAAAAAAUCACUUUGUUUUCAUCGGAGGAUCUUGCUACUACUUCCUUUCAAGUUGCCUCAUUGUGUUGUAUUGGUUGUCAUGUUUCCGCAUUUUUCCAUUUUCCUUUAUGGUUGUCAUUAUAUCCCAUUCAGCAGUUUUAUUCUAUCAUCAUUUCUGUUUCUCGUAGAUUAGUUAAUGGCUUGCAUGUAUUUCUCAACUUUUUUUCUGCAGUAGACACUGAUGAUUUUUGCUCUUCUCUAUGAAAACUCUGCAGAUAGCUGUUUUACUCCCACAAGAUAGGGUGUCCCUCUGCCCACAGUGCCUCCUGAAGAGCUAUGGGCCAUAGCUCAUUGGCCUUAGCAACUCCCAGGUGAAUCCACCUAUAGGCUUAGCUGAGAUAAUCACACCCUCUUCUAGAAUGAUCCAAAUGAGGAUAGUCCCAUGGGGUGCACAUUUCCAAAGUCACAUAGAGUCGGGACAGUUCCCUUCCCACCUGUGUCAAGGCAGAAUAACGUUAGGAAGUUUUAUAACAUACUGCUUCCGUUAUCCUCCACAUAAAAAUCCUCUCCUGAGUCCUGUGGUUUUUCACCCAACCAGCAAUAAGUGUACACCCAUAUUAAUGACGACUUGCUAACCAUUUCUCAAGGAACACUACCCUCCACCUUUUUAUUCUCAAAAACCAUAAUGAAACCACUCUUUAAAGCUUUGUAUGAAGACAAAGGCAAUAGCAUUUGUGCUCCCUACUGUGACCAAAUUGGAGGAGGUAUGGGUUGUCAUUUUGUUUGGGUUUUUGUUGUUGUUGUUGUUUUGUUUGUUUGUUGUAUAAUACCAUACCUUUUGAAAGGGAAAUGCUCCAAAGACACGUAUGGGUAGGAGCAGCCUGAUGGAAGGAGGUAUACGCAAGCAGAGCCAAACCACAGAUGAUUAGGAUAGCAAUUAAUGUUAAUGGAAAGCCAAAAUACAUUCUGUGCACAUAAAAUGGCUUCGCAUUGUGCUUUGAGUAACAUAACUGGUGUAUUUCAGACUGUGCUUAUUCAAAGGAGCUCUAAUGGUAUUUGUAUGAUUUUAGGUACACAAUAUAUGAAAAUCUUUGAGUGGGAAAGCCUGAAAAGUGAAAGAAAAUGGCAUUCAGUUAUCUUUUGCAGCUAGAUUCAGAAGGUCAGAAAAUAUUCCCAAAGUGGGCCUUUGGGGUAAAGUUAACUCAUGUGAGUUUUCUAGUUACUUUUAACCUAAAGUGGCAUGGCUUCAUUUGUUAGGAGCACGUUCAUGAGAACCAUUCCCUUUAAAAAUUAUUUAAAAUCAUAAGCCUCUUAAAUACUUACAUUGCUCUUCAUUCUCAACCUCCACAGAACUGGGAUUUGUUAUUAGCAGAGGAAAACAUUACUAAUGAAAAAAAUGUACAUCCAUAUUGCAUAGAAUUCUGUUUUGUCUAGAAAAAAGUCCCACCUGGGUUUAGACUGUGGUGGAAACAUACGUGUGGGCAAAAGGCCAGGAGUGGGAGAUACUGUACCCACUGGCCUGGACAUUCUCACCCUUUGAGGGGUUCCUCCCAACUCCUAACUCCCUUUUAGUCUUCUCUCAUGAACUGUCCAAGCAAGAAAUAAGCACUCCUUUUAGAUCUUCCUCCUCCCCAGCCCUAAAUCUAUUCACUAACUACAGCCAGAGAUAUCCCUAGUAUACGUGUGGCUGUGUCACUGCCUGGUUUAAAUUCUUGUCAUGGAUGGCCACCACCAGCAAAGUCAAGUGCUCCCACACAAACAAGACGCAGAGGUACACAUCCAGACUGAUAGGCACUUGAUUGUGGCCAGGUCUUUAUCUUGCUCCACUCCCAUCCUCAGACUGUAACUUUCACCUCAUGGUCCAAGAUCAACAGUCAAGUUCAGCCAGCUCUUGAAUCUGAAUUCUAGCCAGGGAAGAAGUAAAGAGGGGAUGCCCUUCACCUUAGAGACAUCCUCCAGAAAUUGCACCUGCCGUUUUCAAUUAUACUCCAUUAGCCAGAAUUAGUCACCUGUGCACAUCUAGGGAAAUGAGUUGUUAUGCUGGGACUGCUUCAUAGUCUUCAUAAGAGAAGAUUUUCUUUUUCUUCAGCUGAAUGUUAUAAUCUGGCACAGGCAGGUUACAGGCAGAUGGGAGAAGGCAAAAAGGUGACUGGACUUGGAAAAGAUUCGUGGAGCCUUCCUCUUCCCAGUGUCUCCCCAAACCAGAACACAGGACUCCCUAUUCUCCUGGGCAGGGUCCCCAAGUGGUCCUUUCUAAAGCAAGUCGCAAUUGCCUGGCUGUCCGUCCUCAUUAAGGGAGAGAGUGGAAGUCCUUCAGGUGGGUUCUCUUUCUGCAUGUAAAGAAAAAUCAAGAACAUCAGCUCUAAAUAAAGACAUGCACAGAAGUCAAAAUAAAAUAAGAACUUGCCAGCUUUGCAAGGCUGUUUUCCAUCUUGUCAGCAUCUUCAACAUGUGGUUUGUUUGCUUUUUCCUUGGUGCUAAUAAAUUACCUGCCUUGAGAAUUUCCUUUACGGUGCUGGGUGAUUCUUGCUUGAGUCAUCAAGCAAUGCUUCAGCGCCAGGUGUGGGAACCCUGUCAAAACUGGUGCAUCUCACACUCAGAGCUCUUCUCGCAGUGGCCAAUACAGUCAACAUCUUCUCCAAGCCAACAAUCAGAACAUGUGGUCUGAUGGUAAAGUCAAACUUAGGAGGAUAACAAAACAUAAUUUGAAGUCAUUGUGAACAGGAAAAAAUGAGAGAUGAUCACCGUCGUCAUAGAAACUCUUAGGAAGGCACGUUGACUCACACUCCCCACCCUUGCUCAGAGAGGAAGGCAUGAAAGACAAUUUCCCUUUCUAUUUUCAGAAAUCUUUAUGGCCACUUAAAACCUAAUUCCGGGGCUAGCAGCUUCCUUUUCCAAGAAUGAAGAAGAUAAGAAUUGUUAUUUAUCUUUUAUUAUGACUAGGUCAUGUCUCUCUGAGGGCAUCGUUAAGUCCUUUGGCCAUUAGGGAUUUGCUAGCUGCAUUUGGUUGUCUGCAGCAGCAAACAUAGCCCUGCAUGGGAUGGAUGCUCAGUUAAUUCUUCCUGGGAAUGCUGUUAGUCACACCGUGGCUGGAGCAAGUGAUGUUCAUGGCUGCCAAUUAUGAGCAUUAAUUAGGAGAGGUAAAAAAAGAAGUGGCAGAAGGAAGUAAGAUAGAAAGGCAGUUCAUGAGUAAGAAAAGAGGAAAAUAAUGAGGAAUGGAAGAGCAGGACUUUCAUGGUAGAUGCCAUAGCAAUUAUUUAGCCAUUGAGGGUUUUACAUCAUCUCCCCCCAUUCACUGGGAAGUCACUAAGUGUGUUGCUUUAGUUUAUAAUCACAAUUAAUCUAUUAAUCUAUCUUCCUUUUUAAAAGGCAAGACAGUAAAAGAGAAUGUAUUGUCAUUUAUUUGGCCUUAACCAGUAAGAUAGACAAAGCAUUUAGAAAUAUACUUAUGAUCAUGUAUUGCUAUUUUUUCAUGACCUCAUUUGCCUACAUCAUAGACAAAAAGAAUCAAGAUCUCAAUAUCGUUUUACAAAUAUUAAGUAAAGAAGGACAAAAGUUAACCUAUUUAUCCUUGAUGCAAUUCAUUACUCUCUAUAAAAAUAUAAGUACUUGUCACUAGGCUGAAAAUAGCCCACUUAAAUUUUAGUAAAAAUCACUCUGAAUAUGUUUAAUUUGCAAAAAUGAUCAUUGGUUAUGCUAUUUAACAAAUUCAUCAUUAAUGGCCUGAAAAAGGCUUUUCUUUUGCUCUGCAUGUCCUCGAGUAUUAUCAUCUUACAUGAAAUAACCAUUCACAAAUUAAAGAUAACUAUGUAAAUAUUGAAUACAUGAUUCAAAUAAUCUAUAUUUUGGAGCAAAUACGUAUAAUUCAUAUUUUUGGCUCCUGCCAGAUUCACAUUUUAUUUAGCAAAAAUCUCUACCUAGGACCCAGCUGCUUCAGAAGGAAGCAUUAUUUCAUAUUAUUCAUAUAUUGAGAUACAUUAUGUGGAAUCAUAAGACCUAUUAUUUGACUAUAAUCCAACUGGAUUGCUGUUUUUGUUUUUCUAUUUUUAAGUCAAUAUUUAAAAGGCAAAAAUGUCUUCAGUGGAACCUGUUUUACAUAGAGAAACUUCCUCAUGAAAUGGAUUUUUCCGUUAGUUUUCAAAGUAAUUUGUGCCACAGUUUUUCUAAAAACGUAUAUUUAACUCUCCUUGCCACAGCCUACUCUUGGGAUCAUAACUUCGUACAGAGGAGUCCCAAGUAUUAUAUGCUAAAGUAUCCUUUACAUUAGUCUCUUCUCAGUGGGCAGGCUUUAACUUAUAGGUUUUUUUCCAGAGUCACAGGUAUCAUGAGUCCUGCCUUUCCUUUCUAUCGCUUUAGGUGCCAUUUUCUUUCUCUCCUGCAAGCAGAUCAUCCUCUGUCUAGACAUAAUGUAGUCAGCAGGCCAGGCAAUCUCCCAGCCUUUAAUUUCAAGGCAUGUAGAACUUCCAGAGCUGAUACUUUUGGUGGAUUAUGGAGAGGCAGAAGUAGAAGGCUAACAAGUAGCAGAAGGUAACAUUCACCUGCAUGCCUCCUGCUUCACCUUGAAACCUACUGGUCUCUAGAAUGCUCAUGAGACAGUCUCUUCCUUCCUUGGCCCUUCCCUUGUCACACAGUCAGUCUCUCACUCGAUAGACAUGACUUGAACCACGGGAUGGAUCACUCCAGGAAAUUUUUCAUUGAUGCAUUAAUUCAUUGACUAAAUACUGAGUUCUCACCAUCAGCUAAGCACUUUCUUGACCCCUGGAUUCAUAAAACAUAGUGCUUUCCCUCAAGAAGCUCAUAAUUUAGUAGAUGAACCAAUUUUGAAAGACUCCAGUGAUUAAAACUGCCCAUAAGUUUUCUUGAAAGAGUAAUCCAGAAACUGAGAGACUAGGAGGAAGAAAAGAGUGUCAUAAAGCAUGGUUAGAGAUUUUCAACAGUCAGUAAGUCUCAUGGAACAGAGAAGUGCUGACUCCUCAAGAGUCCAUGUUUUUCCUCACCAGGACAUACGUGAGUGUUUUAUUUUAUUUUUGUAGGUUUUUAAUUAAACCAAUUACCUCUCCCUCUCUGAAUAUCUGAAAUGACAUUUGUGAUAUUUUUGGAAGGUCACAUUGGCUUUUCUGGACAACUCUCCAUAUGACAAAUUUUGUAUUGUAGGAAGCAUUUUAAAAAUUGGGUUGUUAGGAGGAAUCCAUUCAGCUGUCUAAGAACAUACUCUGUUAGAGUCCAAAGAAAGUACUCUGCCCAGUAGAACAGCAGCCUCUGGAACUAAAGUGUGGGGAAGGCUUGGGAUGACCCAAUUUCCCACAGUUGGAUCUGCAGGAGUCACUUUUCUCCGAAACAAAACUGACCCUUUGGUCCGAGCACUUCAUGUCCUCAGGAACGUUUUCAAGAGCCUUGUCUUUGGCCAUCUUGCCAUCACUUGUAAAUAUUUACCAGAAAAUUUAAAACAAGGAAAAGGAGAUGCCCUGAUAUUUAAGCUAGUCAAUUCAAGCUUAUUUGUUCUUCAUCUGCUCUAAGUUUGUGGAGAGGAAGCUCUUGAUUCUCUGAUGACAGAAAUACAUGGGCAGAUUUUCUCUGCAGCUCUAAUGUGCUUGCCAAUGCCAUUAGUUUUUCCAACUCUAAUUACCAUGGGAGGAUUGUUUGCUGUCAUUGUUACCACCAAAUUCUAAUGGGAAAUAUGUUGAAGAAGAUACAGUGAUAUAGCCUAAAGUUAUAAGGUGCCAGUAGCCUCUUUUAUUUGUGUUUUCCGGUCAUAUUUAUGGAGUGCUUACUAUGUGUCUGUAUGGCCUACCUGAUGUUCAGUAGGGAGAUUCAAAGGUGACUAAGGGGUAAACUGGCCUGCAGGAAGUUUGAGCUAGCGGGGGAGGCAGGAGACAAAGCAUUCCAGAGGUGCUGGAGAGUGUGCAGUAGAAGUCAUGCAAGCACAGAGGGCAACUAAUUCUCUCUGCAAGAAGGAUCAGCAGAAGCCUCCCAGAGAAACUGAGCCCUUCUGAUCGCCUAGCUUGAUCAUUAACAUAUAGUUAAGAAUAAAACCAGAGCAGCAAAGGAAUGAUACAGCCAGUUAUUGGAAUUCUGGAGGGAGGAGGCAUUUUUUUAAAAAUCAUUUUAAAACAGGACUUUGUGGGAGACGGGUCUGGAACCUAACCACGGGGUGUCCAUGACCCCCGCGGUUGAGCCCUGUCAGCGAUGAAAGGGUUAUCAGGCAGCCGCAGCCAUCACCACGGAGUCACCUGCGAUUCCACCUGUGACUCACUGUCGCAUCACGCAGACCGCAAGCCAUACCUGCUGAGCCCAGUGGAGCAUCACCCAGCUGACCACCCCUACUACACUCAGCGCACCUCCUUCCAGGCCGAGUGUGUGGGCCCCUUCAGUGACCCGCUAGCCAGCAGCACCUUCCCGCGCCGGCACUAUACCUCGCAGCAGGAGCUGAAGGACGAGUGUGCCCUGGUGCCUCGCAACCUGGCCACCAAGGCCAACCGCAUCCCCCCCAACCUCCUGGACCAGUUUGAGAGGCAGCUGCCGCUCAACCGGGAUGGCUACCACACGUUGCAGUACAAGCGAACGGCCGUGGAGCACCGCAGCGACAGCCCUGGCCGCAUCCGCCACCUGGUCCACUCGGUCCAGAAGCUCUUCACCAAAUCUCACUCCCUGGAGGGGCCGUCCAAGGGCAGUGUCAAUGGGGGCAAGGCCAGCCCCGAUGAGACACAGACGGUGAGGUACGGCAAGCGCAGCAAGAGCAAGGAGCGGCGCGCAGAGCCCAAGCCCCGUGCCAACGCUUCCCCAGGCUGGUGGAGCUCUGACGACAAUCUCGACGGUGACAUGUGCAUCUACCACGCCCCCUCCGGCGUGAUGACCAUGGGCAGGUGUCCCGACCGCUCGGCCUCGCAGUACUUCGUGGAGGCCUACAACACCAUCAGCGAGCAGGCGGUGAAGGCCUCUCGGAGUAACAAUGACGUCAAGUGCUCCACUUGCGCCAACAUGCCUGUCACCCUGGAUGCACCAUUGCUGAAGAAGAGCGCCUGGUCCUCCACGCUGACAGUGAGCCGAGCCCGGGAAGUUUACCAGAAAGCCUCAGUUAACAUGGACCAGGCCAUGGUGAAGUCAGAGUCCUGUCAACAAGAACGUUCCUGCCAGUACCUUCAGGUCCCUCAGGAUGAAUGGACGGGGUACACCCCUCGAGGGAAAGAUGAUGAGAUUCCUUGCCGAAGAAUGCGGAGUGGCAGCUACAUCAAGGCCAUGGGGGAUGAAGACAGCGGUGAUUCGGACACAAGUCCUAAGCCUUCUCCCAAAGUGGCUGCACGAAGAGAAAGCUAUCUCAAGGCUACUCAGCCAUCCCUUACGGAACUCACCACACUCAAGAUUUCCAAUGAACACUCUCCCAAACUCCAGAUCCGGAGUCACAGUUACCUGAGGGCAGUCAGUGAAGUCUCCAUCAACCGAAGCCUGGACAGCCUUGACCCUGCAGGCCUGCUCACAUCACCGAAGUUCCGCUCCAGGAAUGAGAGCUACAUGCGUGCCAUGAGCACCAUCAGCCAGGUGAGCGAGAUGGAAGUGAACGGGCAGUUCGAGUCGGUGUGCGAGUCGGUGUUCAGCGAACUGGAGUCGCAGGCGGUGGAGGCCCUGGACCUGCCAAUGCCCGGCUGCUUCCGCAUGCGGAGCCACAGCUACGUGCGCGCCAUCGAGAAGGGAUGCUCCCAGGACGACGAGUGCGUGUCCUUGAGGUCUUCCUCCCCGCCGCGCACCACCACCACCGUCAGGACCAUCCAGAGCAGCACGGGUGUCAUAAAACUGAGUUCUGCAGUUGAAGUGUCAUCUUGCAUUACAACAUAUAAGAAGACACCACCUCCAGUCCCACCCAGAACUACCACGAAACCUUUCAUUUCUAUCACAGCCCAGAGUAGCACAGAGUCUGCCCAAGAUGCCUACAUGGACGGACAGGGCCAGCGAGGGGAUAUUAUCAGCCAGUCUGGACUGAGCAACUCCACAGAAAGCCUGGACAGUAUGAAAGCUCUGACAGCCGCCAUCGAAGCUGCAAAUGCCCAGAUCCACGGCCCUGCCAGUCAACACAUGGGCAACAAUGCUGCUACCACCAGCGCUGCAGUCACUGCAGAGGACAGGAAGAAGGAUCACUUUAAGAAAAAUCGAUGCCUGUCCAUCGGGAUACAGGUGGAUGAUGCUGAAGAACCUGACAAAAUAGGGGAAAAUAAAGCACCCAGUAAGUUCCAGUCCGUAGGAGUACAAGUAGAAGAAGAGAAGUGCUUCCGCAGGUUCACUCGCUCCAAUAGCGUAACAACGGCAGUGCAGGCCGACCUGGACUUCCACGACAACCUGGAAAAUUCUCUCGAAUCUGUAGAGGACAAUUCAUGCCCUGGCCCGGUGGCCAGACAGUUCUCCCGGGACGCCAGCACCUCCACCGUGAGCAUCCAGGGCUCAGGAAACCACUACCAUGCCUGCGCAGCCGACGAGGACUUCGAUGCAGAUUUCGACCCUUCGAUUCUGCCGCCCCCGGAUCCCUGGAUUGACUCCAUCACCGAAGACCCCCUGGAGGCCGUGCAGAGGUCAGUGUGCCACCGGGAUGGCCACUGGUUUCUGAAACUUCUCCAGGCGGAGCGAGACCGCAUGGAAGGCUGGUGCCAGCAGAUGGAGAGAGAAGAGCGCGAGAACAACCUGCCCGAAGACAUUAUAGGGAAAAUCCGAACUGCAGUGGGCAGUGCCCAACUUCUUAUGGCCCAGAAAUUCUACCAGUUCAGAGAACUGUGUGAAGAAAACCUGAAUCCCAAUGCGCAUCCAAGGCCCACCUCCCAGGAUUUGGCGGGGUUCUGGGACAUGCUGCAGUUGUCCAUAGAAAAUAUUAGUAUGAAAUUUGAUGAACUUCAUCAGUUAAAGGCCAAUAAUUGGAAACAGAUGGAUCCUCUUGACAAGAAGGAGCGAAGGGCCCCUCCUCCAGUGCCCAAGAAGCCGGCGAAGGGCCCCGCGCCGCUGAUCCGGGAGCGCUCGUUGGAGAGCUCGCAGCGCCAGGAGGCCCGCAAGCGCCUGAUGGCCGCCAAGCGCGCCGCGUCCGUCCGCCAGAACUCGGCCACCGAGAGCGCCGAGAGCAUCGAGAUCUACAUUCCCGAGGCGCAGACCCGGCUCUGAGCGCCGCCCGGCCGGUCUGGCGGGAGCCGCCGCGCUGCCCACCCCUCCUUCUCCCCGCGCCCGCCCUUUCUGUUCUCGGCCAGCCCGCCCGUGUAGACGCGGCCCCUGUAGGUCACCCGCCAUCCUCAGUUCUCUCGAGCUAGUCUGUCCCUAGAUUCCAGCAAUAUCAAACCGUAGGGUAUUUCAGAAAUCCAGUCUCCCAGGGGGACCCUCCGGGACCCCGCGGUCUUCCACGGGGAAGCAUCCAGGGCUCCGAUCCCCUCCGUUUCCCCCGACACGCUCGCUGGUGAGUUGGUCACGCAUAUGGAGCCCUUUAUCGCCAACCUCAGAAAUCAUACCCUGUCACCGGAGCCCAGGAGUGACACGCGGAGAGGGGACGAAGAUGGGCUGGGGGUGGGGGACCAGGCUGGGUAGUGCGAGGAGGAGAGCGCGGUCUGCAGGUGCUGAGGUACCUGCAUCACUCAGCUGCACAAACUGCCUCACUGUCUGUCAUCAGUCACUGCUUCAGAUGUCUCCAUCAGCAGAAGAUUGUACCUUCGAUCUUUCAGGGACACCAAUCUAUUCUGAAAGGCAAUAAAAGGAAGACAGGAAAGGCAAGGCAAAGGAAGCACUGAUAGUUUAAGAUACUACAUAAAGGAAAAUUUUUUUUUGUCCUAUUAUUAAGAAAAUUUAGAUCUAAAGUGUUUUAUCAACUUUUAUUGUACUAUGUAUAUUAUAUCGUUGUUGUGGGGGGGGCCUUUAAAGGGGAAAGUGUUGGGACUAUUAAUUUGUUAGUGUCCACCCUGGGGGGGCCUACCUAAUUACACAUAUAAUAAGUACAUCUCUGCUUACCAAGUGCUGUAAAUGACAGCCAGGCUGUUUUCUGAGAAAAGUUUGGAUUUUCCCAUCAUCCCUUCGAAUGCUACCCAUCCGUCUCUUUUAACCCAGUAGUUCAAGAUGACAGAACUUUUUCUCCAUCAGUCUUCUCUCACUACUACACAGAGUCCUAUCAUAUCCCCAAAUGAGAAUUUUUGUCCCAUGUCAAACCGAUAAAAUUAGCUUUCUGUCCCCGUAGAAGUGCUGCCUCAUUCCAAAGAGCUACCACUCAUCUAGGGGUCCCAGGUAGAGAGAGAAGAAAUCUGACCUGCAAGGUUCAGCAACCAGGUGGAGGGGGACAGCAUCAGGAUGCCUAAACACAAAAGAAACCCAGGCUUUUGGCAGAGAAUGUUGAUUUCCGUUUUCAGUUAUGAUGGAUGGGCAGUAUGACCUUUGCAUCCAGCUGAAAUUAUCUUUAAAUGCCCUUACUGGUAGCCAUUUAAACAUCUAGAAUGAAGUGAUCUUAAAUGAUCACUGGCAUUGUAUCCAGCUCCCUAAAGCGUUAGAAAUUACCAUUGAAAAAAAAAAUGAAAGACUUUUAAAAACAUACAUCAAAUGCACUUGCACCAGAGAAGCUUUUUUUAAAAAAAGAAAUACACUCUCAUAGCCAGGUGCUAAUUUAAUUUUAUUUAAGAAAUUAAGAGAGGUGAUGGGUUCUGGCAACAACUAUCUUCAUGGACAUAUUCUAAAACCACUAGAGAAUUCGCUACCUCUCAGAGCCAUUGAUGCUUUGAGCUAUCUUUAUAAACAGGGCACAAAUGUUUACUGCUGUGGUUUACAAGAAAAGGGCUACUAACUUAUUUAAAAACCAACUAACUUUUAACUAGGAGGAAAAGCACCUUGAGUGUUUUGUAAAAUUGGAACAGAGAAUUUGAGCUUCGAGUAUUUGCUGGUUUUAGAAAGAAUACACCUUUUCUUUCCUUUGUAGCAGCCAAGGAAGGUCACACCAAGUUUGCAUAAGGUAAGGCCAACUGCCACCUUGGGUAGCCUCUGGUCACAUUCAAUCCUGAAAAGGACUCCAAACUCACAGAUUAACAUGAAGGAAGCAGCAUUCAUUUGAAGACCCGUGUUCCCAACCACAGCUCUGUGCCCUGAGGUAGAGAUAAGAUUUGGAUUAAGAAGUAGAUUUCUAAUACAAUUCAAGAUAGUCCUACAAUAUUUUCUUUGGAAACUGAUGUAGCCCAGGAUAUUUUAAAGAGAGACAAGAGAUGGCCUAUUUAUCUUGUCUAUGUGACUGGUAUUUGUAUAUUCAUAAGCUAUUUUUGGUAAGAAUUUUAAAUCUUUUAGCCGAAUGCCUACAGGCACCAUGACCUUUGCUUUCCUUAAAAACACAAAUUGUACAAACACUUUAUAAAAAGCUAAUUCUUGAUGUUAAAACAUGACCCCACAUAAAGCUGCUUGUUAACCACUUGCCCCCUUAAACUGACACCCAUGAGCAUAACCUUUGUCACAUUGUUCUUUUUGAUGUAAUUUGUAGAAAUGUUUUUUAGUUCGUAAUGGAAAAUGUAUGUACCCUGAAAAUUACUUAUUUUGUUUAACUUUGGUACAAAGGUGUUUGGGCAUUUUCUUGGGGAGGGGGGUUACAAAAGAAGUUUGUCUCCCACAUCAAAAAACGUUCAAAGAAAUUAAGUAUUUAUUAUAUUUUUUGCAGAUGUUUCCAUACAAUUCACAUAAUCCUUUUGUAAAGAGAGAUGAAGAAAUGGAUUAAAGAUUUUUAAUAUUUGAAAUGGUAAAUAGAACUAAUUUAUUUGUAAUAUAUUUCUGUUAUUUAUAGAUGUUUCCUUGAUGUUUUACUGUGCAUUACCACUUUGAUUUAAGCCUUAUCCUUGUGAAUUUACCAUUUCUUUUUUAAAACAUGUCUAGAUGCAUAUUUUAAAUAACCGGAAUGUAAAUCACUAGCAUAUCUGAAUUCCCAAUGUAAUUUUUAGAAAUUAUUUUGGUUUGGAAAAAAAAGAUUCAUUUGAAAGCCUUCAGAUGGAGGGGUGGGAACAUUUUUAUGGCUUUAUGAAUUGGAAUUUCAUAGGCUUAUUUACCUAGAUUGUGUGUGGACAAAAAAAAAAAAUUGUAAAUAAAUGAAUGUUUCCCAUAAUGUAAAAAGAAAUUAAUAAAAUAAUUAAUGCACUGCUUU